AUGGGUUUAAGUGCCGGUUGCGCAGAGGUUUCAUACCCUCCCGACAUUGAUGAUGCUGAGAGGGAGCGCCUCGUGCAGACCAUCAAGGACUGGGGUAUCGCUCACGGCUUGGCUGUCCGACCCCCGCCGGCCGUCAUCGCUUCCGAUGCGGAUCCGCAAGGCAUCCUUGCCACAAAUGCGCCGGUGACCCUGUUCCCAAGUCCCUUCCCCAAGUCUUCCUUUGAGGAGGCCAAGGCGGUUCAGACAGCGUACAAUAAAUUGUACGCGGAUGUUAGCCGGGAUGAGGCUUUUCUAGGCCAAAUAGUUCAAGAGGUAUCCGGAGAUGACUUUAUCUCACAACUAUGGCAUGUCCACCAGAGAGUCAAGGCCGAAGGUUAUGUUCAGAAACUCUCCUUGGGGCUUUUCAGGUCAGACUACAUGGUUCACCAGGACUCUACCGAUCCUACAAAGGCACCACAGAUCAAGCAGGUGGAAUUUAACACUAUCGCAUCUUCGUUUGGUGGUCUGUCUUCCAAAACUUGCGAGUUGCAUAGAUUCCUUGCCUCGACUGAGUAUCCUCAAUUGAAGCAAUCCAACGCAAACCACGGGUACGAUCUCCCCGAGAACGACAGUGCCAAGGGACUUGCUGCAGGUAUCAAGGCCGCCCACGAUGCCUAUGGCGACUCAGCUCUCGGCCACCAGCGAUGCGUCCUGUUCCUCGUGCAAGGGGGCGAGCGGAACGUUUUUGACCAGCGCCACCUGGAGUACGCACUGCAGUCUCUAUCCCCAGGGCUUCUCGUCUUCCGGCUCCCGUUCGCCGAGAUCCUCCAGCGGACCAGCAUAGCCCAGACAGACAGACGCCAGCUGCUGUACAAGUCCCCCACCAACCCUGACAAGGUUUUCGAGGUUUCGGUGGUGUAUCUCCGCGCGGGCUACGGGCCCGGCGAUUACCCGACUCCCGCGGAUUGGGAUGCGCGGUAUCAGAUCGAGCGGUCAAACGCUAUCAAGUGCCCGACGGUGCUCACACAAUUAGCCGGUGCCAAGAAGGUCCAGCAAGUGCUGGCCACGCCUGUCACUCAGUCCCAGCCAUCUGAGCUGCAUCGCUUUGUUCCUGAUGACUCGGGGGCCUCAAAGCAGAUUCGGAACACCUUCACCCACAUUUAUCCCCUGGAUGACUCCGAAGCCGGCCAGCAAGCUCGCAAGUUGGCCCUGGACCCCAAGGAGUGCCUCAAGUAUGUGCUCAAGCCCCAAAGAGAAGGCGGCGGCAACAACUAUUACAAGGCCAAGAUUCCAGCGCAUCUGAACAGCGUGCCUGAGGAGAGCUGGAAGUCAUACAUCCUCAUGGAGUUGAUCACGCCGCCACCUGUUGCCAACAUUAUCCUUCGCAACGGCAGCUUGGAACAGGGAGGCGUCAUCUGCGAGUUGGGCAUUUAUGGUACUUGCGUUUGGGACCAGGGCACCGGAGACGUCGUCCAUAACGCAGAGGCGGGCUACCUGCUUCGAACCAAAGGCGAUCAAAGCGAGGAGGGCGGCGUUGCAGCCGGUUUUGGCUGCAUGGACUCGUGCACCUUGGUAUAG